AUGGAGGAUCUCGACAGCUGCCUAGAAGAGAGCCUACGUAGGCUGAUCAUCGGUAGUCGGUUUCCGGAGGGCGGCCCAGAGGUGCGGGGCUCCUCGGGAUCUGGCGAGUUUUCGCCGUCGUCCCAGCGGUAUUUUGACAAUGUCGGACGUCGUGCGUCGUAUUUCUCCACGCCGAAUCCGCCGGCGCACGCGGGUCGGGUUUCGCCCAAGAAGAACGAAGGAGUGGCGCCGCCGCCCCAGGCGCCGCCCGUCCACGACUUUGCUUUUCCGCGGGCACCCCAACAGCCGUUCACGGAUUUCUUUCCCGGCGCCUCUUCCUUCCCACCCGACUUCUCCUCGCUGUGCGUCGGCAGCCAUCCCCAGGCGCUGUCUUCAGUUUCCUCGACUCCGACGGCGAAGCACGAGUUCAACGUGCCGCGAGCGCGCCGCGACUCUUCAGAGAGCGCCAACGAGGGGAAACUCGACGCGAGCUCCGGCUCGCCACUGACCAUUUACGGCGACGGACCCAGAGGCAGCCCCGUGUACGCCCCCGCGUCGCCAGCUGAACACAACCAGCCGCAGAUGUAUUUUGCCGCGGCGGAAAAGCAGGCCGCCGCCGAGGCGAAUCGGCCCGUGCCCACAUGCGCUCCCAAGCCCCCGCCGCUGCCUCCGCCAUCGAACAUGAUGUGCAACUCGGCAGGCGCUGCCUCGGCGACGCCAGACCCCCCCCUGCCUCUCUCGCUGCCCGCCGAACUCAUGAACAGCGGCCGAGACGCCUGCGUGCUGGUCACCUUGCCGUUGUGUUUGCCUUACGGGAAGAUCCUGAACGUGUGCGGAGAGUCCGAAACGAGCUGCUGCAAGCGAAACUACUACUGCAUCAGCCCUAAGCUGCACUACGCCGCGUGGAAGCUCUUUGCUCACUCUGGAGGCAUCUGUGACACCUACGCCGCGGCUCUCCACGUCGAGGUGGCGAUCAUUCACGUGCCUGAACCGCUCCUGCCGCAAGUCGCCGAACUUUUCAUGAAGCACGCUGAGCAAAGCGACUUCCACUUCGACACGCCUCUCACCAUGAAAUGCGGCAACCUCCAAGAGAGACCGGCGCCAGUCCGAGCUGGUGGAAAAGUCCUCACGCUCGAAUGCUUUUUCAACGACCCGCAAGAGCGCAAGAAGCUCGCCGCAAUCGAGCAGUGCCUCAGCGGGUUCCGCACCGAGCUGGAGUACAUCAUCGCCGCUCACAGGCCCCGCCGCUCUGGACACUCUGGGAGGAAGCCGAAUAUUUGGCGGCUUUCAAGGACUCAGUCGGGUUGGCGGAACGGAGGUCACCAUCGCGCGCCUCGCCUGGACGUGACCGUUCGAGCCUUCCAGCAGCAGCGCUCGCAUCCGGCUGCUAGCAGCGCUGGAAUCCAAGAAGCGAGCGGCUUGGUGGCGGACGUGUGCGCCAGCGAGAUUCGGCUCGUCACGACGCGCAGCCACGGCCAGCUGACGACUAAGGCUGACCCUCGCUUCCCAGACAGCAAAGUCGGGACGCGCUGCCUUCUGCGAGCGCCGCGGGCGGGCGGCCCGCGAAAUGAAUUCCCGGUGCCUUGCCGGAAAGUCUUCGCGCCUCAGCAGGUGCCUGAAGUAUUGCCGCUCGUGUUCCGACCCGGGUCUCUGAUUAGCCAAGAGCAACAGCGCGCCUGUGUCGAGUGGGAAGUGACGCACCGCAUGGAGAGGAACGCCGCCGCCGAGCAGCAGCGCGCCCAGCACGCGGCGCAGGCCGCGAACCAGCUGAACCUCUCGCAUUUUUCCAACGGCGGCGGGCUUUCGCUGCCCUCCGUCUCGAUUCCGGGUCUGUGUCUGGACAGCGGGGAUCUGGGGGGGACGCGCGGUUGCGAUGAGGCUGACACCUGCCUCAGCUUGUACGGGGGCAGUCCUGCAGGAGAUUCGAGCAGCACCGGAGACAGCGGGGGCAGCCUCUCUCCGCCUGGGAGUCAGGGGCGAGACAGCGGGACGCCUGGCAGCUGCAAGCAAGCGGAUUCGCCCGCGGCGCUGCUGAACCGCCUCGGCUUGAUGCCCUGGAAGGGCGACGUAGGACCCGACCACGUCCCCUACGCGGGCCUGAGAGGCGUGGGAACUGGAGCCCAAGACCUCCGCAAGGAGGACACUCAGCAGCUGCUCCGAGGCGCCGCGGAAGCGGGGGCCCUGGGCCAGUCCCUGGGCUUCGGGGGUGGAUGGCCCGCAGAAGUGCCCCCGCCCGGGAUGCCGAGACCGCCUACGGAGCAGGGCGCGAACUUCACGACUGCAGAGGGCUCUCGCCUCAACAUGCAGUCACAGGACUUGUGGGUUUUUCUGCCGGCUCUGCUCGACGCGUUGAGAGCCGGAGGCGACGCCGGGCACGACGCUGCGGCGUCUGAAGGCGCGGAGGAGCUCGCAGUUGGCGAUAAGAGGGAGCAGAAGGCCAGGUGUCGUGCGCCGGAAGCCAUGCCAGGGCACCACGGCGGAGUUGGGGCGAUAGAGACGAUUGGCGCUUCGGACCGGAAUGCCAUGUCGGCUUUUUCUGGGGCCUUCGAGGGCCUGUUCCCCGCAGCGCGUGCAGCGGGAAUGGAGCCUCCGCCGAAUGGAGCUAUCCCGUGUCUGAACCAGCAACUGCCUGGCCGCCGCACAGGCGGAGAUCCCUUCACCGCUCCUCAGGAUGUCCUCAAUGGAUUCCUCUUGUCCUUGACGUCUACAUCGUCGUCCGGCGGUUCACACCAGUGA